AGCCGGCCGGGCCUGCGGGCAUCUGCUGCGUGUCCCGCUUGGGGCUCUGCGCCUCCGCCGCCGCCAGCGCUGCCUCGAUGUUCCAGCUGCCCAUCUUGAAUUUCAGCCCCCAGCAAGUGGCCGGGGUAUGCGAAACCCUGGAGGAGAGCGGCGACGUGGAGCGUCUGGGUCGCUUCCUGUGGUCGCUGCCCGUGGCCCCCGCGGCCUGCGAGGCCCUCAACAAGAAUGAGUCGGUGCUGCGCGCGCGGGCCAUCGUGGCCUUCCACGGCGGCAACUACCGCGAGCUCUACCACAUCCUGGAGAACCAUAAAUUCACCAAGGAGUCGCACGCCAAGCUUCAGGCGCUGUGGCUUGAAGCGCACUACCAGGAGGCUGAGAAGCUGCGUGGACGGCCCCUGGGGCCAGUGGACAAGUACCGCGUGAGGAAGAAGUUCCCUCUGCCGCGUACCAUUUGGGACGGCGAGCAGAAGACACACUGCUUCAAGGAGCGCACGCGACACCUGCUACGGGAGUGGUACCUGCAGGACCCAUAUCCCAACCCCAGCAAAAAGCGUGAGCUCGCCCAGGCAACCGGACUGACCCCCACGCAGGUGGGCAACUGGUUCAAGAACCGUCGACAAAGGGACAGGGCGGCCGCAGCCAAGAACAGGCUCCAGCAGCAGGUGCUGUCGCACGGCUCCGGGCGACCGCUUCGAGCCGCCGAGGAGGAGGGCACGCCUGAGAUGCUGGGCACCGCCGUUAGCCCAGCCGUUAGUCUGUCCAGCAAGGUGGCCACUUCGGCUAUCUCCAUCACGUCCAGCGACAGCGAAUGCGACAUCUGAGCCGUCCAGCUAGCACGCUCAGAAUCGGGUGUAAAAAGGAGACAACAAAAGGAAGGAAGGAAGGAGGAGGAGAGACC